AUGUACAACAAAGUACAAACACGAACAUAUUCUGCUGCUUCAAAGCAAGGACUCCCUAAUUCUACAAUACCUAUUUCUUUAAUUGACCUUUUGGACAGGUCAGAAAUACCAAAGGUCAGAUUGAACCCACCCGUGUAUCAAAUCUCUAAUAAAUAUUAUGCUAGUCGUUGCUUUGACAUUUUGGACCAAUACUCUUCAUGGCAUUCAGGUUAUGUUGGUUUUGAUACUGAAACUACAGUUCGUAGGCAACAAAACCAUGGAUUAGUUUCAAUGAUACAAAUUGCAACACGUGACUUAUGCUUUUUAUUUCAAGUGUACCGUAUUACGCAAGGGAAUUGUAAAGAGUUUCCACCAAUACUCAGCCAAUUUUUAAGUAAUCCGAAUAUUUUAAAAGUUGGAGUCAAUGCGACUCAUGACGCAGAAUGGUUAAAGAAAUCAUAUGAUAUUCAAUGCCAAGGGAUUGUUAAUCUAGAGAAUAUUGCUAAAAGAAAAGGAUAUUCAGCAGGAUCAUUGUCAGAGUUAACAUUAAUGUUUGGAGAUCCGGGACUUGUUUUGGAAAAAAAUAAAAAAAAGAUACUGAAAUGGAAUUUUGAUGCGGCAACAUUAGAUCCUGAAUUAAUAUUAUAUGCAUCUGCUGACGCAUUUGCGGGAAUUCAAGUGUAUGAGAAUAUUCUUGAAGAUAGGAUGAAUCCUGAUUAUUUAAAUUAUGAAAGCAUGAAUCCGAUGUCCAGGGAGGAGGAAGAAGAAGAGAUUUAUGAAUUACUUUUAAGUUCUUAUCCAAAAGGCAAAGCUCAUAAACUGAACGUUUUUAUCAACUUACUUGAAAGUAAGUAUGGUCGUUGGAUUAAGACCAAACCAAAAAAACUUGAUCGGCACAACGAAGUGAACAAAACAAUUGAAAAAUUUAUUGAAGAUGGACGUCUUAUCGUUGUUGAGGAAGAAAAGCAAAUAGAUUACGUUGAUGAACAAAAUGAAUCCGCCAACGGGAUUCAAAGUUCUGAAUCUGUAAGCGCCACUAUCGACAAAAUUGAUACGUUGGUUAAACUUCCUGGUAUAUCGAUUGAAACUAUUGUAUCAAGUUCUUAUGCAGAUCAAUUUUUCAUUUCAAAAGGUCUUGAUUCAGAUGAUUGCAUAUUUUUUAAAGAAAUUUCGUCACAUAUAUUGAAAGCCACAAAAAAAGAAUCGUUAGUGCAUAUAUAUAUUAAUAAUGGAAAAAAACAAUCUUUGGCUAAGGACGAUCAACUUAUUAAAGAAAGGCUCGAUAUUUUGAGCCUAAAAGGUGCUUUAAUACCAGGUAAAAAGUGGAAUACACUUAUGUUCCACCCUGAUUGGCUAAAAGAAUUGGAAGUGGGUUACGAAGAAUUCAUAACUGCGCAAAAACAAGUUAUUAAAGAUGUGAAGGACGAGAUUUUGAUUAAUAGUAAUGAUAAAACGAAAAAUGAAUAG